AGCGGAGAAAAGGAAUCGACCGGAUGCAGAUACGAUGGCACGAUGUAUAUAUGCAUACACGCACUGUAUAUCGCAAUUUGCUGCAUUAAUCUCCCGGAAAUAUUAAGAAAGGACAGAGCGAGGCACGCCUAAUUAAAGAUUCGGACAUGCACGUACGUCAGCGCGCUGUCAUCGGCGAAGGGCCCCGGAGAGGACACGUUGUGUCACUCGCGCGUGGCUGCGACGUGGUGGGGCGUAAACGAGGAAAAACGAUGCCCGCAUCUCCCUUUGUGUCCCGUUGCGGAGCCUGCUGUCGUCCCGUCUCGCUCGCACUAUUGGCGAUUGAUAACCGGAGCGCGUAACGCGAGAGAGAAAGAGAAGAGACAGAGAGCGCGCGCGCGCGAGAGAGAGAGACAGCGCGCGCGCGCGCGUGAGAGAGUGGGAGGGAAGAGACCGAACUGGUGGAAAGGAGAGGAACAGUGUGUGCGUGUAUGUGUGAGGGCAACCGUCGCAGCUUCUCGAGCCUACUUCGUGUCGAGGCCAAAAAUAGACGAAUGGACGUCGUCGUCGUCGGCAGUGGUGAUUCCCCGCGUGCUCUCGUCCCGCCGAGAGCAGCGUAGAUAUCAGCGAUAUCGCUCCGACCGUCUCCGGAGAGGGAAGGAGAGAUGGAGGUGCUCAAGACGUCCCAGGAAAUCGUCCACGAAGGCUGGCUCAUCAAAUCGCCGCCCACGAAACUCUGGAGAGCGCGUUGGAGGAAACGAUGGUUUGCUCUUCGUCACAGUGGUGAAUUGCCUGGACAAUAUUUUCUGGAAUAUUAUACAGACAGACGCUGUCGUAAACUCAAGGGUCGAAUUGAUCUGGACCAAUGUGAACAGGUGGAUGCUGGUCUUCGAUUCGAAAAUCGUAAACAAAAGUAUCAGUACAUGUUUAAUGUUAAGACACCUAAGCGGACUUAUUAUUUGGUAGCCGAGAACGAAGCAGAUAUGAACAAAUGGGUGGAUGCGAUAUGCCAAGUUUGUGGUUUGAAAGCUUACACUCAGGAUGAAGAACAACAAAUAUUUCCAUAUGAGUCUCAAGAAUCCCCGCCAACUUCGCCCACUAGCACAAUCUCUGGUCCGUACAUUCCUAUUAGCGAGUGCAUUUCCGGUCGUCGGCUUAACGAUACCAGCUCUCUGAAUUCAACGCUUGGACAGGGACCCGAGCAUUAUGAUGCUCCGAGAAGAUUAGCCCCUUCGCCGCCUCGAUCACCCACGACGACGGAUGCAGAGAGUGUCUUCACCGACGACGAAUGGACAACACCUGUGCCCGGCGCAAACUGGGACACGCUUCCCUCAACUGGUGACUCUCGGCAACACGAGAUCGGUUCGUGGAGCGUCAGAAAACGCUUCGGCAAGCUCAGCAUCGUCGAUUCCGCGGUACCACCAGCUGCAGAGAAGUUACCAGUUCCGCCUAGGCCGCCAAAACCGCCUCACAUGUUACCCGAGAAUCCAGGUCAUAAUUAUCUGAAUCUUGACGGUGCUACCGAGAGCUCGAAACCGACUACUCCGGCGACGCCAGCGUCAACGUCUGCUGCUACGACAACGACAGCGGUAGGCGUCGUGACUGACGAGUCCUAUGAUUUUCCGAGAUCUCAUCAACCGCAAACGACGACCGAGAGUAGUGUGGCGGUCGAUCAAUCGUCGAAACAUUUUUAUUCGAACGCCGCGCCGAGUACUGUCAACGACGAGACGACCACGCCCAACGUAUUUCGCUACGAUUUUCACGAGGACGAGCCACCGAGUCCGCGCUCCGAGAGCUCUACCACGGCAACGUACUCGAAUUUACCGAGUCCUCUCGUGCGAGAUGGUUCAAGCGCCGGUUUACCGACCGCCAUGGCACCGCCCCCGCCAAUGGUGUACAGAGAAUUAAAACCUGGGAGAAAAACCAGCGAUUCGAUGUCUAUUGUAAGCAACGAGCCAUCACCGGGACCGAUAGUACCGGAUGUCAGCUCCGCCGAACAUUCCCCGGCCGAACCGCCAAGUAUCAAUAGAAAACUGAAACCAUCUUUGAAUAAAUCGCCGGUGGAAGCACCUCAUUUGCAAUUAGCAUCUCCUCCUGGCAGAGGAAGAAUGCGAGCGGCACCUAGUCCGACACCUCCAUCGCAUAUACAUACGACACGUCAUCAGUCUACGUCGGAUGAAGACAAUAACGCAUUCGAAGAUAAAGAGGAGAUAUAUUAUUACCAAGAUCACAACACAUUUAUUCCGGCGUCUAAUCGUCGCUUGGUGGUGCUGCAAUAUCUGGAUCUCGACUUGGAGGCGACGGAGAGCUUCAGUUCUUCGACAUUACCACCCGCACAGUCGCCACCGAAUACGACAGUGUACAAAACUGUGGAUUUCCUGAAAACCGAGGCUUUCAAUCGCACUCGGCAACGAGUAGAGGAAGAAAGAAAGUUGUGCUCGGACGAGUUAGCGUAAAGUACGAAUAUAUUUUAUUUGUAUUUUAUAUAUAAAUAGAUUACACACGGAUGUUAAAUACUUUAAGUAGUUAUAUAAUGAACUUUUUACUAUGAUUAUAGAUGAAAGUGGGUCAUGUGAGACCUAUUCUAUUUUAAGCAUUAGGAUUAGCAUAUUAGAACACAGUACUGUGUGAAGAUAUGUAUUCCUUUCAAUCGAAAGAUUGCAAUAUCAAACGCAGUACUUACCAAAAAGACAGAGUUUACUGUUUUUGCAAAGUGUGUCGUUUUAUCGUUUAACUAACGGCGAUUUGCUUUAAAAAUUGGCUAUGCGGUCAAAAGAGGCAAUCGAAUGUCGAAACACGUUGUAUAGCAAUAUAAAAUGGACCAAAAAUAUAAUGUAGAUAAGGAAAGUGAGAAUGAGAACAGCGGAGUGAUGAGCAGAAGUGACACUCUUGCGUCAAUUGUGACGCUGCAUUGAGGAAAAAAUCUUUUCGAAAGAAUUUUUCAAUUAGAUAAAUUAAGUAUUCAAAAAAUCGUGAAGAUUCUUAUACUUUGAUACAAUUAUAUUUCGACAUGUUUAGUUUAAAAUUAUAUAGUGUAUGUGUGCAAGGUAUUUUUAUUAGUGUUCUGAAUUUUUAAGUGCUUAAACAAUUCGAAUUUUCGGAAUGAACUUUAAAUUAUUCAGUUCGAACGCUGAAGAAUUAAAAGAUUUUUAGUUUUCGGAAUUUUCGUACAAUCGCAAUCGCACAACGAAUAACUAAAUUCGUAGUAUUGCUUAUUUUAAGAUAUUCUAUUUUUAGUUUUAGGUGAAAUGAUAAUAGUAUUUUUUAUCAUAUUGUUCGUUUUAUGAAGGUGUGAUUAGAGGUGUUUAUAAAAUGUAUUACAGAAAUAGUCACUUACUGCAUUAACAGGGUUAAAACAAUAUCGGUUUUUAUAAUACAUGUUAUAUAGAUCCUUUAUCUUUUAUCAAAAGCUAGUCUGAUAUAAUGACUAUAGAAAUUAUUGCAUGCCCCCUUUCCCUUGGUUACGAUUUUAUAAAAAAUGUUGAAAUAAGAGUGAUCUUGAAUAUACAUAUAUUGC